CGUGAUCUGGAAGAGUCCGGGGUAGCGCGAGAAACCUAUCUUUUGGUAGUGUUUUUAGUGGCCGUCGCUAAAGAGGGAGCUAGAAACUGACUUCACGCAUCAGUUCCUACACCAAGCUGAUACUGUAGCACUUCUUACUUGAACAAACCUCUUCGUUCUACAAAGGGUUUGGAGCGAGGUCUACAGUCUCUACUUUGUUUCCAAAACGCAGAAGAUUAGUUUGAUCUUAUUCGUCGGUGGAAUUAUGUUAUUUCCGCAAAGGAGCGAAAUAUAGCUACAUGUAGGCUAUUUAUUUUGCUUGCUAUCCCCCUCGCUGCGAAAAGGUGCAAUUAUGCUUUCCCUGCAGCUCUUGUCUCACCAAUAUUCCGCUGCUGUUAGCGACGUGGCGAUAUAAAACAACGGUGUAUUUUAGUGUCAUUCAACAACACCGUUUUAAACGAGCGCUUUUAGUGGGAAGAACUCGUUUUACUGUAGUCUAUCUGCUAAACUUGUAACUGUUACAGCACAUAACUAACAGAAAGCUUCUAAUAGGGAAUUAGUUAGCCAUCGAACCGUGUCCCCCACAGGCGCAAAUAAUUGAAUUGCUGUCAAAUAAUCUGAUACACGGCGGCUGUGUUUCGGAAUGUUUACAAGCAUUGAGUGUUUGAGUCAAAUAAUUGAAAUGCUGACAUUGUGUUUUGAAAACACAUUUGAGAUCAGCGUUUGGCAAGCGCCCUUGUCCUUCAGAAUUCAAACAAUUAAUUAAGAAGCAAGCAUGCCCAAAUAGUUUUUUUUUUUAAUUUUAAUUAAUAUAUCGUUGGUGCAGUUCCUUCGAACCACGUGCUGAUUUUUGUAGUUUUGCGCACGAUUCAAACCAGCCAACACACACCGUCGCUCACUAUAACGUGAGCUAAUAAAUAAUGAAGUUCAUGAGUGCAUUCUUGGUUUAUUUAUUUAGACUGCCGUUUGUAAUACCAAAGGUUAGCCUGUCUGGUAUGGUCAAAUUUAGACAACCCGAAAAGUUGCUAAGUAACUAAUUGAACAAAUAAUUGCGAAGCAAAUGAUUACAUUGCCGGACGUUAGAUUUUGCUCAACGUCCAACAGGCCUGGAUAGAUGUAGGCAUAUAGAUUACGAAGUCGGUUCCAUAAAUACAUCGCCUACAAUCAGGGUCCAAGGGUCCGACGAAUUUUGAGUAGAACUUCAGAACUUGUUGUUUAUUGUUGUCCAAGGGGGGGGAAAUGUCCAGUGACAGACAACGAUCAGACGACGAAAGUCCGAGCACCAGUAGCGGCAGCUCGGAUGCAGACCAGAGAGAUCUACCAGUACCCGAACCUGAAGAACAGGAGGAGCGGAAACAGCCCACACCUUCGCUGCAGAAGAAAAAUACCAAAUUAUCCAGCAAAACAACCGCUAAAUUGUCUACCAGUGCUAAAAGAAUCCAGAAGGAGCUCGCGGAAAUCACACUGGACCCCCCUCCUAACUGCAGUGCUGGGCCUAAAGGAGACAACAUAUAUGAAUGGAGGUCUACCAUCUUAGGCCCCCCUGGAUCUGUGUAUGAAGGGGGGGUCUUUUUCCUGGAUAUAACCUUUUCCUCAGACUACCCCUUCAAACCACCAAAGGUGACAUUCCGCACAAGGAUCUAUCACUGCAAUAUUAACAGCCAGGGCGUGAUAUGCCUGGACAUUCUUAAGGACAACUGGAGCCCCGCCCUCACCAUCUCCAAGGUCCUUCUGUCCAUCUGCUCCCUCCUCACAGACUGCAACCCUGCGGAUCCCUUGGUGGGCAGCAUAGCCACGCAGUACUUGACCAACAGAGCGGAACAUGACAGGAUAGCGCGGCAGUGGACCAAGAGAUACGCCACAUAGACCUCCGACACCUCGCCCUUCCCUCGACCACAGGGAACUUUACAGCGUGCAACAGCUCUUUAUAGCCUUUACAAUACGGACUUGUGUGUACAUGUCAUACUGUUUCUGCCCUGUGCUUUUACCCUCCGAAGACUUGGAGCAGAGGCCCUCUACAGGUAAAAGCUACAGGGGCAGACAUUUUUAGAUGUAGAUUUAGUCAUGUAUAAAUGCCUACUCGCAAGUCUUUCUUCUUUGGGAUAUAAAAAUGUAUUUUGUGAUGUAAUAAGGACAUUUCCUAAAGUCAACCAAAUAUUAUGGUGCAUUUUAGCCUAAUCCAUUAUCUUUAUGAAUUUAAGAAAAAAAACAACAAAAAAGAACCUAGCUAUAGGAAAUAUGUCGUUUAUAGGAAAGCCAGCUCCAUUUCCGGUUAUGUGAUUCAUCCUGUUGGGAAUGCAAUUUGGCCUUCGUCAGUUUGUAAUUAAGGCAUGUAAUUUACCCUUUUGUAGCCCAGAAGAAUAAA